AUGAGCGACGAUGGUAGUGCUGUUCCCAUUGCAGGUGUAAAGCUUAAUGCUGCAACUAUUGCUGACCCUUUCAGCUCCGCUGUACGUCAAUACAUUGAGCAUGAUAUGAAUGGAGUGGGUCCUAAACUCGUGGGUUUAUUGGCCCACGGUGACCCUGCAGCCAAGAAAUACGCCGAGUGGACAGGUAAAGCUUGUGCACGUGACGGUAUCCGCUACGAGCUGCGUGAAGUACCCAAGGAUGAGCUCCUUGCAGCUUUAGAGAAUGCCAAUCAUGACCCGGAUGUGCACGGAAUCUUAGUGUACUACCCGUGCUUUGGUCCCUUUCCGAGCUUUUUCGGUGGCACAAUGGACGAUUUUCUACGUGAUAGCAUCAACAUCAAGAAAGAUGUGGAAGGACUAUGUCAGUUCUACCGGGGCAAUUUGUACCGUAACAUCCGCUAUGUGGAUGAAGAGGAGACACAAAAGUGUGUGCUACCCUGCACCCCUUUGGCCAUUGUCAAGAUCUUGGAACACAUUGGCAUCUACGACAAGUCAAAACCUACUGGUAACCAUCUCGAAGGUGUUAGUGUCACGGUGAUCAACCGCAGUGACAUUGUGGGCCGUCCAUUGGCUGCUAUGCUUGCCAAUGACGGUGCUGAUGUCUACAGCGCCGACAUCGACUCACUUUAUCUAUUCCGUCGCGGUAAACUCAUUCCAAGUGAGGAGACGCAGGAAACGGCGUGCAAGAAGUCUCGUGUUAUCAUUACUGGCGUGCCGGUAAAGAGUUACAAGCUACCGCUUGAGUGGGUAAGUGAGAACACGGUUGUCAUUAACGUCGCGUCCUUUAAGAACGUCGACGAGACUGAGUUGCUCAAGAUCAAGGGCGUGAAGUAUGUGCCACUCGUUGGGAAGGUCACAGUGGCUAUGCUGGAACGCAACUUGCUACGUCUGUACGAGAACUUCCACUGGAAGCCCAAAAAAGUCUGGCAGUAA